CGUUCCGGCCGCAGACUGACCACUCGGUGCUGUACGGCAUUUGUGGUGAAAUAACAAAAGUCUUAUAAAGAAUAUUUUGGACAGAAUAAAGACAGAAGACAGAAGAGGACAGAAGGACAUGUACUGGGACACCGUCAUCAAACCUGGAGACAGAAACACAGAGACCAAAAUAAAGAUGGAGGUUUGCCAGACUGGAUAUUACACAGAAGACUUCAGGACACAGGAAGUGCCAGCUGGCUUUGACUUUGCAUCUUAUGACUACCCUGGUGAAGACCUGUCUUUUCUGUUAGACAGUAAACCACCCGGACAGCAGCAGUACGUCACAGAAAACAGCUACCCAGAGCCACCGAAAGCGUCUCACCUUUACGACACUAAAGUGAGCGCCAAUGACGCCAGCCUCUUCAACCUGGACGUGUACCAGGAGUUCAACUGGUGGGCCUCAUAUCCGCACGCAGAUGGGCUGACAGUAGAUCAGCCACAAACCGGAUACCAGGAGUCUCAGCAGACGUACCAGACCCUGGUGUCCCAGAAUGGACAGUUCAGCCCGGCUAUGGAUGGCAGCCACAGCCCCUUUCUAACUGGAAAGGCAGCAAGUACAUUACAAAGUGAGACAGAUCAGAGCUCGUUCUCGUGUAACUCGGCUGAACUGUACGACUCGGACGGACAGAGGCAGACGUCGUCCUUCUGGCCUGAAUACUCCCAGUCCAGCUUCACUGCCCUACCACACCCGCCUCCGGCCUCCUCCUGCCCUUCGAACCAAACCUCAGAGCAGUACUGCCCCCGUGUGAUGAAACGCAAGAACACACACCCACAGAGGCCUGACAGGGAGGGUCAGAUGACGGGAAUGUCAGCUUAUCCAGGAUCUGGUCCAAUCCAGUUGUGGCAGUUUUUACUGGAGUUACUUCUGGACUCUGCCUGCCGAACCUUCAUCUGCUGGACGGGAGACGGCUGGGAGUUUAAGAUGUCCGACCCCACAGAGGUGGCCAAACGCUGGGGUCAGUGCAAGAACAAACCCAAGAUGAACUACGAGAAGCUGAGCCGCGGCCUCCGUUACUACUACCACAAGAACAUCAUCCACAAGACGGCGGGCAAACGCUACGUCUACCGCUUUGUCUGCGACGUGCAGGGCAUGCUGGGAAAGACGGCGCAGGAGGUCCUGACCAGUCUGAACGUUUUGCCCACGAACGUGGCAGAGUCAUGGCAGUGCCCCGGGGCACCGGCGGCGGCGGCAGCGACAUCAGAGCACAGUAGUGAACCGUGGGCGUCACAGUAGCAUUUUUUUUUUAACGGAGUACUAAAACCUGCAAAGUGAACACUGCCUCUUCAAAGCCUGGCUGAGCUGCAGCGUCCUCACGGGGGAGGAAAGCAGACCAGAAGGUCAAUUUACAGAUGCUGCAUUUCAGGGAGAAAAUUACCAAACACUCAGACAAUAUGCUUCUCCUCCAUAACAAAUAAUAUAGAACAAAACUCUUCCGAUACCUGACCCGUAAACCUGAACCAGCCUGGGACAUUUUAAGCACUAGAAAUGGAAAAUCUCAUCAUUUGAUGUGUCUCUAAGGACAAAAUUAAAUUGUAAAAUAUUGUUUAUAUGAUCGCUAUGUAGAGUUUUGUGCAUUUAUAUUAUGAUUAUUUUUUUUGUAAUACAAAACUCAUGUCUACCUCUGCUGUUAAUCAGAAUAACAUAAACUGAGAUCAUUUUCAGGCGUCGACUGUGAAGGUUUCAGCCUGUCUGAUGAUUGUUGGUGUAAAUAAACUGUAUAUAAACAUUGUUUUUGUUUUUU